AAAAGACAAGAAGAAACAUAUUCAUGUAACAUUUGAAGCAUUUCAGUCUGACAGCUUUUUGGAUUUAAAAUAAUACGUCAAUGAACAUCACAGAAGCACGGAGCAAUGUAAAGAGGAUGCAGACAAACACACCUGAGUCCAGUGUAAAGACCUGAGGAGGAGAUGAUACCAGAUCCCACAGCUGCAGCUGCAUCUAGGCCCUCAGAGCUGGAUAAUAACUCUCAGGAUCAGGCAAACUCAUCCGAAGCUGUCAAUCAUUCAGAGGAUGAGUCCGGGAAUGAGAACAGACAAAAGAGCGUGAGAAGAAGGAGAAGAGCACACAAGGGUUCAGAGAAUGUCAAGUGCAAAAAAGCCAAAGCUGGCCGCAGGAGCGUCAGCAGAAAAGGUGGCAGCCAGAGUAAACGGAGGCAUGUGGAGGCUGUCACCCUGUUCGAGGUGAUCACCAUGGGCAGAAGUGCCAUGCAGAUGGUGAUUGAUGAUUGGAUCGAGGCGUAUGUGACAGACAGAGACACGUCUCUCCUUGAUCUCAUCAGCUUCUUCAUCCAGUGCUCUGGGUGCAAAGGUGUGGUCACAGCAGAGAUGUGUCAGAGCAAAGAGGACAGUGAUGUCAUGAGUAAGAUGGUAGAGAAGCUGGAUGAGGUCGCUGGUCUGCAGUACAAGAAGUUUCUGGCGUUUCCAUGGAUCCUCACAGUCACAUGGCCCAUGGAUACGGACAGUGUUGAGUAUCCUCUCAUACAGUCCGGCCCGUAUGGCCGCUGGUUUCACUCUGAGUUCUGCGACUUUGUGUCGGUGCUGGUGGCUCAGUGUCAGCACAGCAUCAUCUUUGACAAUUACUUGAUGAGCACCCUCAUCUCACUGCUCACUGAGCUGUCCAACUCGUAUAUACGAGCCUUCAGACACACCUGCACGCUGGCAGCGGUGAAGCUGAUGAGCUCCCUGGUGAGUGUGGCUCUGAGCCUGAGCGUCAGCAUUGAAAACAGUCAGAAACUGCAUGCGGUGCAGAAGACGAAGACUAUGAGGCAGAAAAGCACACCCCAGCAGGAGAGAAUACAGAAAAAGAUCACAGAGCUGCAGGAGAAGAGAGCGGAGAUAGAGGGAAUGAUGGACGUCAUCUUCAAGGGAAUCUUUCUGAAGAGAUAUCGUGAUGUGCUUCCAGAAAUUCGCUCUAUUUGUAUGGAGGAAUUGGGUUUGUGGAUGAAGCUCUACAGCUCUGUAUUUCUCAGUGAUAGUUACCUCAAAUACAUGGGCUGGAUGAUGCACGACAAGAUACCAGAUGUGCGUCUUAAGUGUGUAUUAGGUCUGCAGGGUUUAUAUGGAGAUCCUGGCCUCCUGCCUAAACUAGACCUGUUCACCAGCCGCUUCAAGGACCGGAUGAUCUCCAUGACUCUGGACAAGGACAAUGAAGUGGCUGUGCAGACCAUGAAACUGCUGGUGCUCAUCUCCAAAACGUCCGACGAUGUGCUCAGUCCAGCGGACUACAAGCAGCUGUUCCAGUUUGUGUAUUCCUCACAGCGCCCUCUUGCAGCCACUGCAGGAGAGCUACUCUUCUCAAGGCUUCUCAACACCUUGGCUCCUGCAUCUGAUGAUCAUGAUGGAUUAAAUGAGGAGGAGGCUCAUAAAGAACAAACCUUUGCCAGACUGAAGGCUCUGUUGCAGUUCUAUCAGGAGUCUGAGCUGCACAAGCAUGUGGUGUACCUGGUGGACAGUCUGUGGGACUGUGGUGGAGCCCUGCUGAAGGACUGGCCCGCACUCACAUCUAUACUGAUGCAGGACUCUUCCUCACAGAGCUCAGAACAAGCGGUGCUCGUGGAGAUCAUGGUAGCAUCGGUGCGCCAGGCCUCAGAGGGACCGAUGCUGGCAGGGAGGAGUGGAGCAAAGAAGGUUAUGAGUGCCAGAGAAAAGAAAGCUCAGAUUGACGACUGCUCUAAGCUCACUGAACAUCUCCUUCCGGUGCUCCCAAAGUUACUGUCCAAGUUUUCAGGUAGCUCAGACAUUGUUGCCUCCCUGAUGAAGAUCCCUCAGUACUUCCUCCCAGAGUGUCCUGAGGCUGCAAACACAGAGGUGACAUCCAUCCUGAUGGCAGAGAUGGGAGCAGUGCUGGAACUCCACUCGUAUCCCGCUGUCCUGGAGGCGGCGGCCCGCGCUUUCCUCAGUCUGUGUGGGGAGGAGACAACCUGGAGCUCCACGGCUCAGACUGCCAGAGACUCCCUGGUCCAGGGCUGGGUGGACCAACUGACAGCACUGCUGGAGGACUCACUCAAGGGCGACAGUUUCUCUGCUGACGAAGAGAAAACAUCCGAAAUUUUAGCCACACUGAAGAAACUCAGAGCUUUCCACAACUGUCACAACCUCUCCCGGUGGAAUCUGUUUGAGCUGCUGUCCCCUCUCCUGUCAGCGGAGAGCAGCCAGGGAGGAGCGCCGCCCAAGGUGCUACUGGAAGUAUUACCGUGUCUGUGUUACUCCAUGCUCUGGUCUCUCAACAUGAGUGGUGAAACUUUAAAAUCCAGAGAUAAAGCUGUGGCCCAGAGGCUCCAGCUGCGUCUGUUCUGUGAGAGGAGUCAUCACCAUCUCUCCCACUACGACCACAGUGUGAGGCUGCAGGCUUUUUUGGGUGUCUGUGACGUCCUGACGGCUCAUUCCUACCAGCUACAAGUGUGGGAUCCCUCCUCCUUCGGUCCACUGCUCUACACACCCAUUCCCAAACUGCAGAGGGCGCUGUUGACCUUUGUAUGCGUGCACGUCUUUGUUGGCACAGAUUGUGACAUCCAGAGCAGUGUCAGUGCAAACUCUGAAGUGGAGAGGCUGGAGGACCUUCACAAACGAAGAAAUCUGCUUGCGGCUUACUGCAAACUGAUAGUACACAGAGUGCUGGAGAUGAGCAUGGCAGCUGAGAUCUUCAUGUAUUACAUGAAGCACCAUAAUGACUUUGGAGACAUCAUCAAGGAGACAAUGUACAGGACCAGGCAGAUAGAUAAGAUAGAGAGCGCUCGUACGCUGGUGCUCUGUUUGCAGCAGCUGUUUGUGCGUCUUAAACGGGAGCAGGAGAGCGGAGGGAGGCCUCACCCAGGAGUCCAGACCUUCACCAGCAUCAAGGAGCUGGCCAGGCGCUUCGCCCUCACGUUCGGAGACCUGGUCAAGUUUCGUGAAUGUGUCGUCAUGAUCCACAGGAACGGCAUAGAAUUUGUGUUUCAAGAGUUCAACCAGACCCCAGAAACACCCACACCGCCGUACCUCUCCUACCUGACCAUACUGAGUGAAUUCUCCAGCAAACUACUCAAGCCAGACAAGAAGACAUUGUUCUCUUACCUGCAGAAGCACACUGCAGAGCACUUUGUAGACCUCAGGGAGGAGGGCUGGCAGCCACUCAUCUACUAUCGAGCUUCUCUGUUGGCCGUCGCUGAAGGGGAGGAUGCUGUGUCCUACGUUAGCUCCGAUAGGAAGCCCUACCUGCCCAAUCGUUCUCCCUUCUCCAAAAAACUAGAAGGAAGUAAAUCUCCUUGUCCGUUCAACCCGGUUGAGUCCAAAGUUAGUAAAGUUCAAAGAUCCGGUUUUAGUCCAAGCCAUCAGGAUAUGGAUCCAUUUUCUGUCCCCGUGGAACCUCAUGCAAGAAGACUGACCACUGAGGGAUCUGUCCUCAGCACCGGCAACGAGGCGGAUGAUGACACAAUUGAUGUUGAGGUCUAAGUAUGAGGAGAUUGGGGAGAUAGGGCAGCUGUGGCUCAGGAGGUAGGGCGGGUCGAUUCCCGGCUCCUCCAGUCCACAUGUCAAUGUGUCCUUGGGACAAGACACUUAACCCCAAAUUGCUGCCGUUGCUGCGCCAACGGUGUGUGAAUGAGAAUGAAUGGUUAGCUUCCCCCUGAUGAGCAGGUUGGCACCUUGUGUGGUAGCCCCAUAGACUGUAUGGGUAGCCCCUGUCAUCAUUGUAUGAAUGUGUAUGAAUCAGUGAAUAAGAUGUAAUGUAAAAGCGCUUUGAGUGGUCUUAACGACUAGAAAAGCGCUAUAUAAGUACAGUCCAUUUACCAUUUACCAUGUCUGAAUCUGGAAAUCCCAAAGUCUGAGAGAGAUGGAUUUUUUUUGCACCUUGUAACUAGUGUCUUCUUUAUUCUGAUGCCCAUACAUCCCAGUAUCCAAUUUUUAUACACAUUUGUAACAUAUCUGGUGAUAUUCUAUAUUUUUCUUAUUGUCAAAAAAUCCCAAACCAAUUCAGUGAAUUUCAUUCCACCAACAAGUAUCGCCUGUGUAGCCAAAACUUGAUAUAGUUUAUUCCUCUGUGCCAUGAACCUUGAUUGUUGUUCAGAAUGUAAUAAAAGUACAUAAAUGAAACAGUUACACUGGAUGACAUGUUCCUUCAUUAUGAUGAACAUGGGUAGUGUACUUUAUUUUGAGUCAGUCUCACUUACACCGACUAAACUGUAUAGAGCACCAAAUGUGUAUUCAUUCGCAGGUGAAAAUAGUCCCUGUGAAAUGUGUUAUUUACUUACGUUUCCCAAAUCUGUUUUAGGAAAUUACUUAACUUUUAAUAACAUGCAUCUAUACAUUUUUGACACUUUUUAAAAAGUACUGAUGACUCAAGUAGGGACAACUAAGGGUCACAGAAUGAGUUGGGAAGUCAAAAAGCACCUUUUGUUCUAGACUACUGUAUUGUUGGUUUUGGUCUUUUUGUGGGAUUUGUUGACAAUAUGAAAAUUAGAGAAUAAAUCCAGCCUCAUACUUUAAGAAAAUGCCAGAUUACAUUUGAUUAAAAAUAUAUUUUAUUUAUAGACCACUUUGAUUUGGGGAACAACUAUCAGUAUGUGUAAAGAUUUUUCCCCAUAUGGAAUUUUAUACAGUACCUAAAUGUUAGGAGUAGCACUUUUUUUUUUUUUUUUUUUUUUGAGUGAUCAUGCUCAGGUCCAAAAUUUGCACAAGCAUUGCACAGAAAAAUUAUGCUUUAUUGCCCUGCCCGCCACUUUAUUAUUGCUCCUUUUAGGAA